AUGCUUCAAUGGCAAAUUGGUAAUGUUGAAUUUUCGUGUGGUGCAAAAUUGGACGACGUGUCAGCACGUCACUGGGAUCAGAACGAAGCAGUUGCACAGUUCGCUGGCGAGCAUGCAUUGCUGACGGAUGGCUGUGCUGAGCUGAUUCGUAGAAUGGCUGAGGGCACCGAUAUACGAUGUAAUCAUCAGGUGACUAGAAUUGAAUGGAAAUCUCGUAAGAAGAUUAUAGUGCGAUGUGCGAAUGGUAAGAAAUACAGUGCUGACAAGGUGAAGAAAACUUUUGAUAUCGUGACUGGUUUGAAUUUUUCGUUGUGCACUCAGUGUGUUCUCAUCACAGUACCAUUAGCAGUUUUACAAAAGGAACGAAUAUCAUUUGCACCUGAAUUGCCAGUAGCAAAACGAGCUUCGCUGAAACGUCUCGGAGCUGGACUCAUCGAAAAAGUUGCUGUCCGAUUUCCUCGAAGAUUUUGGUCAUCAAUUCUGAGAAGCGAUGGAACACUCGAUUAUUUCGGUCACGUACCGAAAGAAGCCUCCGAAAGGGGGCUCUUUAAUAUGUUCUACGAUUUUUCGAGUCGAAGUUCAAAGAAUCCGCAAUACGUGUUGAUGUCGUAUGUGUGUGGAGAGUCGGUGAAUUUAGUGAAUGAGAAGAGUGAUGUUGAAGUUGUUGAUGUUUUUGUGGAUACGCUCAGGGAGAUGUUCCCUGAUGAGCACAUUCCUGAUCCGGACGGGUGUGUGGUGACACAUUGGGGUCGUGACCCAUUUAUCGGGAUGUCCUAUUCGUAUAUUCGUGUUGGUGGCAGUGGUGAAGAUUACGAUACUGUUGCAAGUGAUGUGGAGCAGAAGCUUUUCUUCUCUGGAGAGGGUACCAACCGUUUCUUUCCACAAACGAUGACCGGUGCUUAUGUAAGUGGUCUACGCGAAGCGGGUAAAAUUGCCGAAUAUUGGACGAGGAAACGCCCUGAAAAUGAUUCUUGA